AUGAGGGGUGGCCAAAAAGAAGCUUUUCCUCGCAACCCACUAGUUCAUUCUCCAUCAGGAGCUAAAAAUGGUUUCAAAUUAAGAGGUUUAAAGGAGAAAAGAUUUUUGUUAGGGGAGAAAAAUGAGAUUUUUUUGAGGUUAGAGAGAAGGAUAAGGAAGAAUGAGAAAAGGGUUGUAGUUGUUAAAGCUAACGGAGGGUUUGGCCUUAAUGGAGGUGGUGGUGGCGGAGGUGGUGGAGGAGGAGGUAACAACAACACUGGGAAGCUUUUGGGUAAUAUUGCUGUUGUAAUUGGAUUAAUUUAUCUUUCAGUGACAGACCAACUAGGAUGGAUUUUGGAUGCAAUUGUUUCACUUUGGCUACUGGCAAUAAUUUUACCGGCGUUGGGGCUGGGUGCUUUCAUCUGGUGGGCAGGUCAGGAUAUGGUACAAGACAGUUGCCCCAACUGUGGAAAUGAAUUUCAAAUGUUCAAAUCUUCUAUGAAAGAUGGUCCGCAGCUUUGCCCCUACUGUAGUCAACCUUUCUCAGUCAAGGGCAGUAAGUUUGUAAAAGAACCAACUAUCUUUUCAAAUCAGUCCACCACGUAUGGACAAGCAUUUGAUGGUUUCUCCGGCAAGAAAGGGAAAACUGGGAAAACCUCUUCUCUACCAGUUGUUGAUGUUGAAGCUGAAGUAAUGGAUGUGGACUGAUACCUUGUAUAAAACCUUUUCUUUGAUUGGUGUCAAGGGGUCCUCAAUAGACUCAUCUAUACAAUAUCAUAAACAUGAUAUUCAGGUAGAAGUUUUGUAGUUAUAAUGACUUGUGUCAGAGAGGGUUGUUGUUGCUGCAUUGUUGCAUGUAAUUUUCUAUUAUGGAAGUGUAUCAUGUAUUCAUCAGUAUCCAGUUUGGGUAAAUACCCAUUUACGCUGAGAGGCAAAAGAAGAGCUUAGAAACUUGCAUGUUUCAUUAGUAAAUUUAGCGUAGUCUUGUGUAAA